UCUGUGUGCCAUGUCAAAAACAAAAUUAUAGUUCACUGAAGUAGUUCGUGGUGUGAAUUUUUCUUCGUUUCGACCAAAAGUAAACUGUUUAAUUUCUGUUUUCCGAAAACAAAUUAUUAUUAUAAAAAAUAAGCGAUACUAAGUAACCAUCGCAAAUAUUCGUCGGCACGCAGACGGUAAAAUUAACAAGAACUUCCGUACAUCUUCCAUACCUUAAACGGUUGACUAACGUUACGUUCCAGCUAAAUGUACAGCAUUUUCUCCACUGUCAGAUUUGGCAAUGGCAUUGUCAGUGUCAUGUGAUUAAAUAACAUGUAAAUCAAAAAACAAUGCGUAACAUCAACCCGGGUAUCCCAAAAAACGACAACACCCAUUCAAAAUCGAUUUUCUCGUACAAUGUGUAUCGAACCAAUCACCAGCAGAGGAAUCACGUGCGACCAAGUAACUUAAAGUCGUCACCGAUCAUCGAUCCAGACCCAGAAGUGCUAUACAUCAACGAAAAAAUAUUCCAGAAAACGCCUGCGAAGUGUGGCAGACAGUUGAAAGAGUGUAGCACCCAGACAAGCAAAACUAUACUCCAGCUGGCUCACAACGAAAAUGGACCUCAUGCAGACGCCCAGAUCCAAACCUCGGAAAUAGGAGAACCAGCAAUAGUUGACGGAGCUAACACGGGUUCGCACUCUCGGAGCUUUACCCUUACGAAUAAUGGUAGUCGAACGAAGCCCUCAUUAACCAUCCGUCGCAUGUCGGGGAACUGUAACCUACAAGCCAACUGUACCGUAGAACAGAGUAAGUACUGCUUGACUAGUUGUCCGAACGUGGUACCUGUACCUCAAAACGUGCGCCAAGUGGUACCCAAAACCCAAGACGUGCAAAUACCGCUAUGUAUAAACGAAGGUACUCUGGGGGCCCAGAAAAGUAGAAGUGUUUCACCUAUGAGAAUCGGGCUUCAGAUUGAAAUUAUAGGCGAAGGUAUCACCAGUCAAGAGAAAACUGAAGAUGCCCCUCCUUCCCCAACUAUUGAUGCAGCCGAAAUGACGCCAGAUAGUCUACAACAAUCUCCACGCGAUUACUACAAUAACUACUCCCUAGAAAACUGUCCUUAUUCUGUGGCUAGCAGACUAUCCAAUUUCACUCUAGACGGUUCCUGUACCGAACAAGACUGUGUCUUUAACACCUCGAAAAAGACAAACGGGAACUUUGGAGACAAGACCCUAACAGAAACAUUUUUGGAAAAAACUCGAAAUAGGGUAUUUGAAUUGUCACAGGAACCAAAAGAAGAGUUCAAGAGUAAAUCUUCCAUUGAUGAUUUUCAACACCCAAAUUACAUCCAAGGGUCUACGGAACCAGCUGAAGUACUACAUACCAAACACAAAGCGACUAAGAAGAGCAGCAAGUCGUUGGAAAUACCAUACAAUACUUACGUACGUACUAGACGAUCCAUGGCGCGUUUUGGGGGGUGCAGUUUCAUGUGGCCUACUAGAGCCACUCAGAUUAAAAGUAUCAUGGGGGAGAUACAAAGUACGAAUUCUUUGAUACCUCCGAUUCGUCGCGGAAAAUCCACAAGCCCGAAACCGACAGCGGAUAAGAGAAGAUUUGAGUCGUCUAGGAAGAUUCCGUACAUAGACCAAAGCAAAAGUGACGUAAGCAGCUCAACGACUUUGAUCAAUGCAACUAGACACCCGGAACGCAUCCCUCUGAAGGACCGAGAAGACGUGGUGAUCACAAAGAGCGGACGUAGCAAUAGGUUUUCGGACGACGUUCUUAGUCUUUCAGGCAGCGGCAAACACUCAAAUUCGUCUUUCAACGACAACACGAUCUCGUUUGCGAUCGCGAAGCUUCAAGAAUUGGACUGGAGGUUGGCACUGAGAGGUUUGGGCGAAAUCGUUGAAAUAUGUCGAAUUGUUGACGUAGACCUCGUGUAUGGAUACAUGUCAAGCAUUAACCAGCGAGUUAUCGAUUUACUGAAAAGUCCGCGUUCUCACGUGUGCAGGACCGCCUGUCAAGCUGCCGGACAUCUUUUCGAAUAUGUGAAGGACACCGCGAGGCCGCUGUUUGAAGAAAUCGUGGACCUACUCCUAUGCAAAACAGCCGAUGCGAACAAAUUCAUCCGCCAUGAUGCGAAUAUGGCGCUGGAUUGUAUGGUGACCCACAUCCCGACGUACGAUGCGAUUCGGGCUUUAUGUAAUAAAGGGCCUUUUCAUAAAAAUCCAUUGGUGCGAUGUGCUACAGCUCGACUGCUGGUGUGUGCCAUUGUAAUAGGAGGAGUGGAUUUUAUAUUAAAUCCAAUUAAUAACGAGUGUACCAGGAAGAGAAUUAUUCUGACGAUGGCGAGAUUAUUGGAGGAUUAUAAAAGCUUGGAAACUAGAAAACUGGCCGAACGUAUAUAUAAAAUACUGUCCAAAGAUACGCGGUUCGACGUCUACUUGAAGAAGUACCUCGAGAAAGAACAGAUUCUUAAAAUAAAACACACAUUAAGGAUUAUAAGGAAGAAGUAAACUGAAUACAAUUCUUUAUUAUGUAAGAUACAGGGUUUUGUGUAUGUGUAUUAAUAAAACUCC